UCACCUCUUUGUGGUGUCAGGUGCAGCAGAAAUGGAUUCCCAGGAGAUCAAAGAGCUGCAGCAAGAAGUGAUGGAGGCGCUGGGAAUCUCCAUGGAGGAGCUCCAGGAUAUCAUCGACAAAGAGCUGGAGAAGUUCGAGUGCGUGAAGCAGAGGAAGCAGCAACUGGAGGAGCUGGAGAAGUGCGUGAAACAGAAGGAAGAAGAGGUGGCUCGCGUUGACCGGCUCUUCGAUGACGCUUCGAGAGCCAUUGAUAAAUGCGAGAUAUUGGUGAAGGAUCUGUACUCCAAGCUGGGCCUCCAGUACCGUGAGAGCAGUUCUGAGGACGAGGACUUGGCUGCCAAGGCCACAGAAGUGAUUGAGAUCCCAGAUGAGGAUGACGAUGAUGUCAUGAGUAUCGAUUCGGGCUGGAAGCACAGCGAUAGUAGUCCCAGAAUCACAAAGGAUCAGACUCUGCUGCGGGAAGCCAUGGCUGCAAUGAGAAAGUCUGCCCAGGAUGUCCAGAAAUUCAUGGAUGCUGUGAACAAGAAAACAAAUGCGCAGGAUGCACAAAAAGAUGCACAGACCCCUCAGGAGACUCCUGGCCCUGUCCAGCCCGUUGGCCCCGCAGCGGCUGCGAAUGAUCUCAGCAAUGACGGUGAUCUGAACGUUGGCAUGAGGAUUCUGGGCAAGAAGAGAACCAAAACGUGGCACAAAGGAACUCUGAUUGCGAUCCAGACGGUCGGUGCUGGAAAGAAAUACAAAGUGAAAUUUGAUAACAAAGGGAAGAGUUUGCUUUCUGGCAAUCACAUCGCUUACGACUAUCACCCCUCACCCGAGAAACACUAUGUGGGCAGCAGGGUUGUGGCAAAAUACAAAGACGGGAACCAGGUCUGGCUGUAUGCUGGCAUCGUGGCUGAAACCCCAAAUGUAAAGAAUAAAGAAAGGUUCCUGAUCUUCUUUGACGAUGGCUACGCUUCGUACGUCAAGGAGUGGGAGCUGUACCCAAUCUGCAGGCCCCUGCAAAAGACCUGGGAAGACAUCGAGGAUGUUUCCUGUCGCGAUUUCAUCGAGGAGUACAUCACGGCCUACCCCAACCGUCCCAUGGUGCUGCUGAAGAACGGCCAACUGAUCAAAACAGAGUGGGAAGGGACCUGGUGGAAAUCCAGAGUGGAAGAAGUGGAUGGCAGUCUGGUCAAAAUCCUUUUCCUGGAUGACAAACGUUGUGAGUGGAUUUACCGGGGUUCCACACGCCUCGAGCCCAUGUUCAGCAUGAAAACUUCCACAGCCUCCACCCAAGAGAAGAAGCAAAGUGGACAAGCAAGGACUCGUCCCAAUGUUGGUGCUGUCAGGAGCAAAGGGCCUGUAGUCCAAUACACGCAAGAUCUAACCGGAGCUGGUACCCAGUACAAACCUUUAGAGCAAAUGCAGGCAGCCUCCCUGGCUGCACGCUCCGUUUCUCCGCAGCUUGCUGAGAUGGAAUGCUUGGACAGUCAGCUGGCCCAGUCGAGAAAGCAAGUGGCCAAGAAAAGCACUUCCUUCCGUCCUGGCUCCGUGGGCUCGGGGCAGUCGUCGCCUUCUUCACCUGUCCUAAGCGAUACACCCCCGGCGGGACGCACCGGUGCGUCCCAGCAGCAUCGGUUCCCUUGGGGGCCUGCCCAGCCUUCCAGCGGGGUGUCCCGGUGCAUAACUGGCAGCUUCUUCGAUAGGAAUUAAAUGCCGAAAAUCCACCUGCCGCAUGUCUGCAGCUACACCUGCCUGUCCCGCGUCCGUCCCAUCCGCAGCGACCAGUACCGCAGCAAGAACCCCCUGCUCAUCCCGCUGCUCUACGACUUCCGACGGAUGACAGCCCGCCGACGGGUUAACCGCAAGAUGGGCUUCCACGUCCUCUACAAGACGCCGUGCGGGUUGUGCCUGCGAACCAUGCAGGAGAUCGAACGCUACCUUUUCGAGACAGACUGCGACUUCCUUUUCCUGGAGAUGUUCUGCCUGGACCCGUACGUGCUGGUAGAUCGCAAGUUCCAGCCCUACAAGCCCUACUACUACAUCGCAGACAUUACCAAGGGCAGGGAGGACGUGCCGCUGUCCUGCGUCAACGAGAUCGAUAACACCCCACCUCCGCAGGUGGCCUACAGCAAAGAGCGCAUCCCCGGCAAAGGGGUUUACAUCAACACCAGCUGGGAGUUCCUCGUGGGCUGCGACUGCAAAGAUGGCUGCAGAGACAAAUCGAAAUGUGCCUGUCACCAGCUGACAGUCCAAGCGACUGGCUGCACCCCCGGUGGGCAGAUCAACCCCAAUUCAGGAUACCAACACAAAAGGCUGGAAGAAUGCCUCCCGACAGGAGUUUAUGAAUGCAACAAGAGGUGCAAGUGCAACAUUAACAUGUGCACCAAUCGCUUGGUCCAACACGGGCUCCAAGUCCGGCUGCAGCUAUUCAAGACGCAGAACAAAGGCUGGGGCAUUCGCUGCCUCGAUGACAUUGCUAAAGGCUCGUUUGUCUGCAUCUACGCAGGGAAAAUCCUCACGGAUGACUUUGCCGACAAAGAGGGCUUAGAGAUGGGCGACGAAUAUUUUGCAAACCUGGAUCACAUUGAGAGCGUGGAGAACUUCAAGGAGGGCUACGAGAGCGACGCCAAGUGCUCUUCUGACAGCAGCGGGGUGGACCUCAAGGACGAAGAGGAGGAAAACACAGGCACUGAGGAGCAGGAGGAGUCCAACGAGGACAGCUCUGAUGACAACUUCUGCAAGGACGAGGACUUCGGCACCAGCUCGGUGUGGCGCAGCUACGCCACGCGACGGCAGACCCGGGGCCAGAAGGAGAACGGGCUGUCGGAGACAGCCUCCAAGGACUCGGGGCUCACCCGGCAGCUCGGCCACGAUGAGACGGCGGUGGCUGCCUCCUGUAAGCUGCCGGUGUCGGAGGAGACCUCUAAGAACAAAGUGGCCUCGUGGCUGAGCUCCAACAGCAUGUCCGACGGCUUCCAGGACAACGACAGCGCCUCCUCCUUCAAGAUGAGCGAAGGCAGCGAAGCCAAGGCCAGCAAAACGGAGCUCCCUGCUGAGAGAGAGAAAGCCUCCGCUUCUGCCCUGGGCGACGCGGACGGAGAGUCAAAGGCCUUGAAGAAAGAUGAACCUGAGGAUCCAACCAAAAUUCCCGGGCUCAGCGACUUGGGAAGGAUGUACGGCUACAACCCCAGCCCGCCCAAACUGGAGGGGAUCCGGAGGCCGACGAGCAAGACCGCCCUGCUCCAGAGCAGACGGCAUUCUCUCGCCCCGCAGCCCACCACAGACGACGUGCUGACCCUGUCGAGCAGCACGGACAGCGACGGGGAGAACGGGCAGGCGGUGGCGGGGCAGGCCCAGGGCACCACCAACGACAGCGACGACAUCCAGACUAUUUCCUCGGGCUCUGAGGAGGAGGAAGGGGACGACAAGAAAAACCCCUCGUCGGGGUCAGGGCCCGUGAAGAGGCAGGUGGCGGUGAAAUCCACCCGAGGCUUCGCCCUGAAAUCAACUCACGGGAUCGCCAUCAAGUCAACCAACAUGGCAGCAGCCGACAAGGGCGAGAGCGCGCCCGUCCGCAGAACCACCCGCCAGUUCUACGACGGAGAGGAGUCCUGUUACAUCAUCGACGCCAAGCUGGAAGGGAACCUGGGCCGCUACCUCAAUCAUAGCUGCAGCCCCAACCUCUUCGUGCAGAACGUCUUCGUGGACACGCACGACCUCCGCUUCCCCUGGGUCGCCUUCUUCGCCAGCAAGUGAGUCGCGGGGCGCUUGGGGAAGGGCUGCAAGUCCACGGGGCUUGGCUGGACCUGGCUCCUUGGCCGGGGCUGCGGGCUGGGCGUUCCCUGCUCCUGGUAACCGGUUUCACACCAGCCUGGGUGGGGAGGAGCUUGGGGAUGAGUUGGGUGAGGACCUCUUGUCCCUGCUGGAGACUUUGGUGCAGUUUGCAUCAGUUUUAGCCCUUUCCAAAGAGGGGAGCAGCCGCCUGCCCAGCUCGCUUGAGUCAAACCUCGCGGCGUGGGGGUGAAUCCCUGCCACGUGCCUCUCGGGCACCGCCGGCGCGGCGUCGCCUCUGUGAAGCCCCCCGGGAGUGAUUCAUCAGGGAACUUUGUCCCUUUCCUCGCCAUGGAGCCGGAGGCAGCUGCGCUGCCCGCUCCACCCUUGGCCCCGGGGGAAGCUGGACUGCGCCGCCCUGUCCAGCGUGGUCGGACGCGAGCAUCGCGCUCUGCUAGCGGGACGGCAGGC